UUUUUUUUUUUUGAGUGUGUGUGUGAGUGUGUGAGUGCGCGCGCGCGUGUGUAUGUGUGUUGGGUGGAGUCAACCCGGAAUUCUCCAAAUUGGAAAUCCAUUGGCACAUUUCAGGAGCACCAUGAAGGACGGUAUCGCCAACAACAGCACGGCCAGCAUCUCCCAAGCCAGGAAAGCUGUGGAGCAGCUGAAGAUGGAGGCCUGCAUGGAUAGGAUAAAGGUAUCCAAAGCAGCCGCAGACCUGAUGGCGUACUGCGACGCGCACAUACGCGAGGACCCCCUCAUUGUGCCCGUCCCCGCCUCCGAGAACCCUUUCCGGGAGAAGAAGUUCUUCUGCACCAUCCUCUGAUGACCUGCCGGUAGAGCUGUACAGGUGCAGGCAUGGCGUUGCCUGGCUUCUCUGUCUUCACCACACCUGAAGCUACUGGCCAUAGGCGUUGAGUUUUGCCAGGUGGACACUCUGUUGUUGGUCAGUUCUGUCCUGGUGGCUGAAGGUUUUGGGGGAGUCAGCUACCAAACU